AUGGCAAGGAAACAAAGCUUGGGUCGUCAAAAGAUUGAGAUCAAGAGGAUCAAUUGUGAGGCUUCUCGACAGGUUACCUUCUCUAAACGCCGAGCAGGGCUGUUCAAAAAAGCUAGUGAGCUCUGUACUCUGUGUGGUGCGGAGACAGCCAUCCUUGUCUUCUCUCCUGCAGGGAAGGUGUUUUCCUUUGGCCACCCAGGUGUGGGGUCCAUCAUUGAAAGGUUCCUCACUGAAAACAUUAAUCCGCCACAGGAAGCCGCAGCGUUGCCUUCUCUUGUGGACGCACACCGUGGAGCCAGUGUUCGAGAGCUGAAUCGAAAGUACACAGAGGGUCUCAACCUGAUGGAAACAGAAAGGAAGCGAGCCGAGGCAUUCAACCAAUCGAACCCAGAAGCGAAGCAGAGAGAGGCAUGGUGGGAAGCACCCAUUGAAAAUAUGGGAUUGCUUGAGCUUCAUCAGUUAAUGAUUUUUAUGGAGGAAUUUAACAAGAAUAUGACGAAAAGGGUUGAAGAGCUUGUGGGCAAAGCUGCUGUUACCUCCCCUUUCAUUUCUAUCAUUUCAAUGGGAAUGGUGGAUCGUUUUGCAGCAGCAAGAGGAGCUUACCCAAAUCCAAUUAAUGCUUCUUCUUCUCUCUCUGGUUAUAGUUUUAGUCUUGGACGUGGUCUUUUCUGA